AUGUCGCAAAUGCAAAAGAAAAAGCAGCGUUUGUCACUGGACGACGAAUCAGCAGGGGGUACCCCAAGAGCAAACGCACCAGGCAGACCAGCAGGAAAAUCUGUUGCGGGAAAGAGCAUGAGUAAAAAAGCAAGGGAUAGUGCUGUUAGAGCCGGAGAUCCAAUUCCCCAAGGAAAAAAGCGCCGUUAUAAACCUGGUACCUUGGCUCUAAAGGAAAUUCGCAAGUUCCAGAAGUCUACCGAUCUGCUCCUUCUCAAACUUCCCUUCUCACGUUUGGUCCGUGAAAUCGCUCUCUCAGUACGUCCUCAAGGUGAGGGAAUGCGCUGGCAGUCACAAGCUAUUCAAGCGCUUCAAGAAUCAGCUGAAGCAUUUCUUGUCCAUCUGUUCGAAGAUACGAACUUGUGUGCUAUUCAUGCCAAGAGAGUCACAAUUAUGCAGAAGGAUAUACAACUUGCAAGACGUAUUCGAGGUGCAUGGGGUGGUUUGGGUUAG